GCCGCCAACCUCGUUUGUCUGCAGCCCCACUCCAACCUCUUAGGGGAGGCAGGACGUGGCGCCUCUGGCCCCGCUCUGCCAGUCCUGGGUGGGCGGGGGGCUGUCCGCGCGGUGGCGCCUAGCGGGCACAGCUGCAGCGGGAGGGAAGGUGGAGAACUCUGGCAGCUGGCAUAGGAGGAGAAAGAGGAGGGAGUCUGCGCGGGUUUGAGCCUGGAUGUGCGGGGCGGGCGUGGAGAGCGCUCCCAGGGCUGGGUCAAGUGAGAGCACCGCACCCGUGGCUAAGAAGAACUCCCUUGCCCGCCCCUCAGUCUUUCCUGCUUUUCUCCUCAUUUCCCACUUUAACCUCCCUCCCUUUCCAACCCUCCCGUGAUUACUUCUCCCUCCUCCCUUCUUUUCACUUUCUUUCCUAACCACCCUUCCAGACAAACUUUGAUGGAGAAUUUCACACCACGCUGGAAAGAUGCCUGUUAUGAAGGGAUUACUGGCACCCCAGAACACCUUCCUUGAUACCAUAGCUACUCGGUUUGACGGAACACACAGUAAUUUUAUCCUCGCCAACGCCCAGGUGGCCAAAGGUUUCCCUAUCGUUUACUGUUCCGAUGGCUUCUGUGAACUGGCUGGAUUUGCCCGCACAGAGGUCAUGCAGAAGAGCUGUAGUUGUAAGUUUCUCUUUGGUGGGGAGACAAAUGAGCAGUUGAUACUCCAGAUAGAAAAAUCACUGGAAGAAAAGACCGAAUUCAAAGGAGAAAUUAUGUUCUACAAGAAGAACGGGUCUUCAUUUUGGUGCCUCUUAGACAUUGUCCCUAUCAAAAAUGAGAAAGGAGAUGUGGUACUUUUCCUGGCCUCAUUCAAGGAUAUAACAGAUACAAAAGUGAAGCUGACUCCAGAAGAUAAAAAGGAAGACAAACCCAAAGGAAGAGGCAGAGCGGGGUCCCACUUUGACACAGCCCGGAGACGGAGCCGAGCGGUCCUUUAUCAUAUCUCUGGACACCUGCAAAGAAGAGAAAAGAACAAAUUGAAAAUCAAUAAUAAUGUUUUUGUAGAUAAACCAGCAUUUCCGGAGUACAAAGUUUCGGAUGCAAAAAAGUCCAAAUUCAUCCUUUUGCAUUUUAGCACUUUUAAAGCUGGCUGGGACUGGCUGAUCCUGUUGGCGACGUUCUAUGUCGCUGUGACUGUACCUUACAACGUUUGCUUUAUUGGCAAUGAUGAGCUGUCCACAACACGGAGCACCACGGUCAGCGACAUUGCAGUGGAGAUUCUGUUCAUUAUAGAUAUUAUUUUAAAUUUCCGAACAACCUACGUCAGCAAAUCUGGACAAGUGAUAUUUGAAGCAAGAUCUAUUUGCAUCCACUAUGUCACAACAUGGUUCAUCAUUGACCUGAUUGCUGCAUUGCCCUUUGACCUCCUCUAUGCUUUUAAUGUCACUGUGGUGUCCCUCGUCCACUUGCUGAAGACAGUGCGGUUAUUACGUCUUCUGCGGCUCCUGCAGAAGUUGGACCGUUACUCCCAACACAGCACAAUCGUCCUGACUCUGCUGAUGUCUAUGUUUGCCUUGCUCGCACACUGGAUGGCGUGCAUCUGGUACGUCAUUGGAAAAAUGGAGAGGGAAGAGAACAGCCUUCUGUCUUGGGAAGUUGGUUGGCUUCAUGAGCUGGGGAAACGCCUGGAAUCUCCUUACUAUGGUGGCAAUAACACCUUAGGAGGCCCAUCCAUCCGAAGUGCCUACAUUGCAGCUCUCUAUUUCACCCUCAGCAGCCUCACCAGUGUUGGGUUCGGGAAUGUCUCCGCCAACACAGAUGCAGAAAAGAUCUUUUCCAUCUGUACAAUGCUAAUUGGUGCAUUGAUGCAUGCUUUGGUCUUUGGAAAUGUAACUGCAAUCAUACAGCGAAUGUACUCCAGAUGGUCUCUCUACCACACAAGGACAAAGGAUCUGAAGGACUUCAUCCGUGUCCAUCACCUUCCACAGCAGCUAAAGCAGAGAAUGCUGGAAUAUUUCCAAACCACUUGGUCGGUCAAUAAUGGGAUUGAUUCCAAUGAGCUUCUAAAAGAUUUUCCCGAUGAGCUGCGCUCAGAUAUCACCAUGCAUCUGAACAAGGAGAUCCUGCAGCUGUCCCUCUUUGAGUGUGCCAGCCGGGGUUGUCUCAGGUCACUGUCUCUGCACAUCAAAACCUCCUUCUGUGCUCCUGGAGAGUACCUCCUGCGGCAGGGUGAUGCUUUGCAAGCCAUCUACUUUGUGUGCUCAGGUUCUAUGGAAGUCCUCAAAGACAGCAUGGUGCUGGCUAUACUAGGGAAAGGCGAUUUAAUUGGAGCAAACCUCUCAAUUAAGGAUCAAGUUAUUAAAACAAAUGCAGAUGUGAAGGCACUCACCUACUGUGAUCUCCAAUGCAUUAUCCUCAAAGGACUCUUUGAAGUGUUAGACCUUUACCCAGAAUAUGCUCACAAAUUUGUGGAAGACAUUCAGCAUGAUCUCACCUACAACCUUCGUGAAGGUCAUGAGAGUGAUGUCAUAUCAAGGCUGUCAAACAAAUCCACACUCUCGCAGACAGAGCCCAAGGGAAAUGGCAGCAUCAACAGGAGGCUCCCAUCAAUAGUGGAAGAUGAAGAAGAUGAAGAAGGAGAAGAAGAGGAGAUGGCCUCUCUCUCCCCCAUCAACACCAGAGGCACCCCAUCCUCAAGCAUCAAGAAAUUUGGAAGCAAUAAAAGCUAUCUGGGCAUAAGCUUAAAGCAGUUAGCCUCAGGAACCAUGCCCUUCCACUCACCUAUCAGAGUCUGUGGCUCCAACCCUCCAAGAAACAAGCAGGAAACUGAUCUCCAUUUACACAGCAAAAGAAAGGAGAAAAACCUGAAGCUGCACCUUUCCACACUUACUACUACAGGACCCCCUGAUCUCAGUCCAAGGAUUGUGGAUGGAACAGAAGAUGGAAUAACUAAUGAGGAAAACCAGACUUUUGAUUUUGGUUCUGAACAAACAAGGCAGGAUCGCCGAGUAACCCCUCCCAUAGCAGACCCCGAGCUGGGAGCAGCAGUUCUAUUUAUCAAAGCAGAGGAAACCAGACAGCAGAUAAGUAAGCUGAAUAGUGAGGUAAUGACCUUAACUCAAGAAGUCUCACAACUAAGCAAAGAUAUGAAGAACAUAAUGAAUCUUCUGGAAAAUGUAUUAAUGGCCCCAAAGCCUACAGGGUUUUGCUCAGUACACAGUGCAUCCAUGUGUCCUUCUAUUGAAAGCCUACAGAAUAGAAUGACUUGGACAGCUCACCAACCUUGUAUGCACAAGCAAACAGGCAAGAGUGCCUGCCCCAAAGCACACCUUUGUCAUGGUAACAGCAUGUCUGGCAUUUGGGAAAUGGAGCGUGCCUCUGUUGGUAGCAGCCCCCAAAGAACUGGAGCCAAUGAGCAAAAUCUUUUGGACAAUGACCUUUAUCAUUGUUCAGGCCUUGACUAUUCCCCAUCUCAUUAUCAGGUCAUCCGAGAGGGUCCUUUGCAGUUUAUAAGGUGCACUUCUCCCCAUUCAGAUACCACACUGACCCCUCUCCAAUCUAUUUCCGCAACGCUCUCAUCCUCAGCAUGUUCUUCCUCGGAGACAUCCUUGCACCUCGUGCUCCCCAGCAGAUCUGAGGAAGGUAGUUUCAGUCAAGGAGCAGUCAGUUCUCUCAGUCUGGAAAACUUGCCUGGCUCUUGGGACCGUGAGGGAAUGCCAUCCCUUCCCCAAAAACCCUCAGAAGAUUUCCCUCUGGAAAUCGUAACAAGCACAACAGAUGUGAAAGAUAACAAAGCCAUAAAUGUAUAAUGCCUGGACUGCAAAAGGGGACCAUUAGCAUAUAUGAUGGGACUCCCCAUUUCAACCUCCUUGCUGCAUGACUGCUUUGGUUUGCCUUUUCUCUGCCCAUUGGAGACAAAACAAUGUGGGACACCUAACUAAUAAAGAACGAGUGUCUAGAAAAAGGUAGAACUUCAUACAUACCAUAGACAACAAUUUCUAGAUUCCAGAAGCAUGUGGAAAACAUUUUCUCUACCGGUAUUAAGCUAUUGGUCUGUUCCACAGACUGGCAAUAGUCCAAACACCCUGAAGGGUCACAGCAGCUGGAAGUCCAGGACAAAAGAAUUUUAUGGUUUACUUUUUGUUGUGGGAGCCUUUUGUGGCUUAAAGCAAAGGUUUUUCCUGAGUGCCUGUUUGUCAUUCCUGAACAAUAUCCACAGCACUGUCAGCUCCGGGUGCUCCUGGCUCCUGCUGAUCUAUUUUUUUUCUGUUAUUCGAAGGCAAAGAGACAAUUAUCCCUGCAUGCCAUCCAGACAAUCAGCCAGAUAGAGUUGGUGGCCAGUGGUUAGCUGUUGCACGCUAUUUGUCAUGUAAAUGAAACUUCUUUAUUUAUCAAAAAAAAGGCUAUUUUUAUAUCCUUGGGAUGAAAUAUGUAUUUAAAAUAUUUAAAAUAUUUAUAAAGAGAUUAAUGUUUUGUUUUCAUUUUGGUAUAAAGAAAAAAGCUUGCUGUUUUAACAAGAAAUGGCUUACCAUUGUGUAUAGUAGAUCAAAUAAUUUAUUAUUAAGAGGUUGUAGUUUAAGAAGGAAUCCCCUUUUAUUUGCAUGCUGUUUGGGACAAAUGUACCACCAUACUGGUGGAAUACAAACAGGAAAAUAGGGUAAUAUUUUAUUAAUAAAAUAAAAAUAUGGAAUGUCAGACA